UGUGGGACAUCGAAAAGUUUUCUGGAAGACAAGAGGAUUCAGGUGUUGGGCAUUUCCAAGGGCACCUUGAGCAUAAAACGCACCUUGCCACAGAAAAUGACGGGUCAAACUGUGACCUUUGUUUGUGAAGUGCACACAACUGACUACGGUGACGUCCGCGUAUCUGAAGCCAAGAUCAUUUACUCUUUAGAGUGUAAGUAAGACUAUACACAGAAUUAUAAUGAUAAUUGAUCAUGGAAAUCAUUAGCAUUGAACAUUUGGCUAUACCUAGUGCAGGUUUUUUUCUUUUGGUUAAGAGUUUUGUCGUUUACAGAAAGGUAUAUUUUUAUACGGUUAAGUUGUAUUGUGUUUACAGAUUUCCACCAACCAAAUUAUAUCCUUUUCUUCUUGCUUCGGCCUUGGGUUUAUUCUUAAAAUAUUCUUUAGUUUAAAUAUUCUUAAAACCUCGAUUCUUAUAAAAUAUCGUAGACUGCUGCUGGGCUUAACAAAGUGAAAUAGUGUUACGAGCGAGGGUAUGAUUGUACCUCUUUUAUUAGAAUUAUAAUAUGCAGUGGCUCUUUAAUAAAAAAAGACCCUGAUAGAAGAAAUUUUACAUGUAAAUAAAAACUGAUUUUUCGUUACAAAAAUAAUCCGAGAUAAGAGCAAUCAACAGCACCUUUUUCUGGUAAUAAAACUGAGAUGCCUUCUUCACUCUGUCCUCUAUAGAGAUAGAAGUAAUAUACUGAAUCUAUGAUUGUUAAUUUUAGGCCCACAAGCAACUCCGUCUCCUGAGGUAAGUAUUUUUAACAUUUUUCCUUUUUUCACCUCCAUNUGUUACAGCCUCUAAAUCGUUAUUUCUAUUCAUGUGAUGUAUUUAUUUUAUUUAUUUAUUUAUCCUUCAUUUAUCUAUUUAUGUCAAUACCUCGAGUUCCCAGGUCCAAUGAUCUGUCUGUUAGUAGUAAUCAGCCCCUGUCUUCGUCCAUUUUCCUCAUGCUUUUGUUUCACGAAAAAAACCUUUUUCAGUUUCAGCCCAAUGACAGCGCUCGCGAGGUAAACACCACAUUAGGUACAAUUGUUGGCAAGCUUGAGACGCUACCAAAUGGCAAAACUGUGUACGAAUAUCUCGGUAUCCCUUAUGCUAAACCACCGCUUAAUGAAUUGAGGUUUGCGCGUCCAGAAUCCUUUCAACCUUGGUCAGGAAAAAAGGAAGCGAAGGAGUUCGGAUCAGCGUGUCCACAACCGCGCUUUGAUACACAUAACUUUAAGAGGGAAAUAGGAGAAGGUAAGAGGCGUAUAACAGUAUUAUAUUAUCGGAUGUGAAAGCUCUCACGGACGAUCUUUGACUUUGAUCUUUAAUCGGUUAAUUGCCAAUAGUACAGGCUAAUCAUGGCAAUGGAUGGCACGAUUAGGCAGUAGGUGAUGACAGAUAAGUUUUGCCUGUGGACUUAAACACGGGCAACGAGGGAGCGAUAACAGCAGUAGAUGGAAGACUGUUGCAGACAGGUAUACAUCGGGGGGACAAAGAGUAAUAAGAGGCAUCAACAAAAGCGGGUAAAAGGUUGUAUGUCUUACUAUGGCACAUUCAAUGAUUCAAAGCUUAAUCCAUAAAUUCAACGAACGCUACGCACGGAAAGAAUAUCUGCAAGUUAGGGCUCAAAACGUUUAAGAUAUACCUUCACUUGACUCCACACUACGUCAUAUUGGUUCCUUUCAUUUCACGUGAAAAAUACUUGGGUACAUUAUUAAAGAUGGACUAAUUGAAGCACAUGUUCAAGGGAGUAGAGAGGUAAGUUAGGUAUUGUGCUAGGUCAAGCCCGGGGAGGAGGGGCGGGGGAGAACUUGAGCCGCUGAAAAACCAUGACCCUGACAAAGAAUUCCCAAAACAAUACUUACUUAUGUUUAGGACAACACCCGCAAUUUUAUUACCAUGUUUAGGACAAAGGAGAAAAUGUACGCCGUCUUUUUUUAGAGCCAUUUAUUGUCAAUUGCAAUAGAACAAAACUACGUUAUAAGCUUUUGUAUACUUGAGAAGGAACGAAAUUUAUCUUGCAAAUCAAAUCAAUCGUGCAGGCAAUACCCUGUUGACAGACUCACACGAUAUAUACCUUGUUUAGGACAGAGAGGUCAAAAACCACACCCUGUCCAGUGGCAUAUCUUCGUAUAGGCCUUAAAAGGGGAUACCUCCCCGGGAGGUCAAGGCAGGUUUGUGACGCACGUCCUGUUUGAAUCUUCAUCGUCAUCAUCACAAUCAUCAUCACCAUCAUCAUCAACUAAGGAAAAGACGUGAGACAUGUACGGUCUUCUCAAAACGAGACGGUAACUCCCUUACAGCAGAAAUUCCCGUUGUCUUAUUUUACUGAUAUGAAUUUUUUUUUCUUUUUUUUUUCAGAAAAUGAGGAUUGUCUUUUCUUGAAUGUGUUUGUGCCAGCAACUAGUAGCACAGAAGGCAAGAUGGCAGUGAUGGUGUGGAUUCAUGGCACUGGUUUGGCCAGUUUCAGUUCCUCCCCUAAAUUCCGUGGCUUUUCCAUUGGUUCCUCUUCUGAAUAUCCGCCUCACGUUUUAGCAGGCUACAAUGAUGUCAUUGUUGUGACAUUCAACUACAGGCUAGGAAUUCUGGGAUUCUUAAAUAGCGUUCCUGGGACAGAGAAAACGGGAAAUUACGGAAUGUUUGAUCAGGUAACCAGCUUCAGUGAAGAAAUGUUGCAUUAAUUCGACACAAGACAUAAUAUACUAAUAGGACACCUGGGAGGCACGCAAGCACGUGUUCUCAAAGCGCACUAGCCCCGAAAUUCACAACAGUUAUGACAAUCUCUUGCCCCCUCUCCCUUUCCCUCGUUCUUUUGCUCUGUUGAUCGGCACACCCUACUAUCCCCAAUGUUCCUCUUUUCGAGUUCCUGAACUCCAGGGGCGAAUCUAGGGGAGGGUGCAAGGGAUGCCCACCCCUCCCCCUGCGAAGGGGUCCUGACAACUGGUAUUGUUCUAAAUAUGCAGAUAUGUAUGAUACAUAUUCUCAACAGUUCACAUUAUCUUGUUGCCCAGUCAAGAGCCUUCUUCUUCGUGUUCGCUUGUGAAAUUUGUUUACGUCGUCAGUCAGUUACGCCAUUCCUUAGUUGUGCACCCUCUUCUAAGAAAAAUCCUGGAUCCGCCCCUGAACUCACAACUUUCCAAAAGGAGGCCAUGUGCAAACCUUUUUCGUUUAAUAAUUUAUUUGCAUGAGAAUAAACAAAUCAUUCUUGAUAUCAAUGUCAUCGUAUAUUAGAAUCGCUUUAACACAGAGGCCUGAAGCAUCUCGAAAAAUGGCCUAUAAUAUACUAGAAACAGUACAGACAACACCUUGGUCCUCCCAACAAUGCAACAGAGCAUGUCCAGGACAAGGCCGCUAUGGUGUAUUUAAGUGAAAGGCUAGGUUUAUCUUCCUAUUUUCAUUUUUAUUUAUUUUUUUCACAAACAAUAGCGAACAAUCCCACCACAACAGAAGGGUUAGACUCUGGGGAAAACAAAACUAACCUUUUCCCCCUGGAGCUGACAUUUAGCGUAUAUUUUCUCUACAGAUUCAAGCACUAACGUGGGUCCGAGACAAUAUUGCCCGUUUUGGUGGUGAUCCCGACAAAGUGACUGUGUUUGGUCAAGGUACAGGGGCAACGAGUGUCGCUUUGCAUCUUAUGUCGCCUAAAUCAAAAAAACUGUUCCAAAGGGCCAUCAUGCAAAGCGGUGCAGCGUUAGCUCCCUACCUACCAAGAAAGGCAGCCAACGAGUCAGUACAAAAGCUAGCUGCUGAUGCAAACUGCUCUUUUGACGACAAGCUCAUCGACUGUCUUCGUGGUAAAAGUGCUCACAAAAUCAUUGAGUUGCAAUCUUCGAUCUCCUCCAAACACGCAGAAGCUCUGAUAGAACUCAGCAACCCAGUGAUUGAUGAUGAUUUUCUAGAAGAAUCUACUGAGAAGCUGUAUGAACAUCACAAGAAAGGAAGAAAACCACCUCAUUCUCUGUUGAAAAAACUCUUUCCAAAUGUUGAAAUCAUGACUGGGUUUACAACCCACGAGUCAUCUCUUGAUGUCAUCCAAAGGCAAGAGGAUGCGACCCAAGAUGGUAUUUCGAAAAGCAGCAUUGUAAAAACCCUCAAAUAUGGAAACAUAGAAAACAAAAUUGUGGACGAGCUGGUUAAGUACCAGUACGCGGAUCAUUCUGACACAUUAAAGAGAGACAGGAUGAUUGAAAGUGACUUUAUGACUGUGGCACCAAUGACUUUUGAGGCAAUCGCUUUAGCUGAGGUAUUCUCAGUAGCCAUAUUCAAUACGUUGACUCAUAAGCCCCCAAAAUGUCUAUCUCAUAAUGCAGGUAUCAAUGUUUGGACAUAAGAGGGAUAUUCGGGCAUAGGUGCGGCAUUUGAACACCACAAAUUUUGAACCAAACUGCAGUUUCCUUAUUUCCAGAAAGGGAUAUCUUAUCAAAUUUGAAUUAUUUUCCUGUCCAAAAACUUCCCAAAAAUAAAAUUCAAACCCUGCCUGACCCUCCCCAGGUCCAACCAUUCAAUUUGAUAGCUGGAUAAAUUAGUCGUUGCUGCAUUCAAAUUACUGAAGAACCUUGCAUCGACGAGUAGGAAUCAUUUUGCUCACGCCAUUGAUAUAACUUGGUUUUUUGGACGAAACAGAUCAAUUCAUCCUUCAACUCAACUCCAUUUUAUAUCCUAAAAUAGUUUUUUCCUUAUUCUUCCAUGAGGAAUUGGUUUCACAUCAAACUCGUCGAAGACGCUGUAACUCUAUUAAUAUUUCCAGUACGGCGAAACAUUUUCUUUUGCGAGAUUCCAUGAUGAAAGUAAACUGAUGAAAUUCAUCGCCGGCUAACUUAAAUGAAAGUGAGACGUUUUAACUAAAAGAUAAUGAUGAACUGAAGGCCGGAAGGGGAAAUGAUCCACUUCCAUUUUCACUAUAACGACAUUUGGCUUAAGCUACUAUAACUCUUUCCUUUUAGCUUUUACGCCAGCUAAGGUUUAAACCCUAAUUAGUAGAAGAAAACAACAAACGAAAGGAUUCUGGAACUUACAGUAAAUGAACAUCAUCGUGCGAAUGUCGCAUUAACCGUGGCCCGAUUUCUCCCCCAUUCUCUUGGUCCAUACAAACACCUGUACUUUGGCCAGUCAAAAAAUACCGAAAAGGCACCAACUGAAUCUAUUAAUUGUCUCACUACUCUUUCUUCUCCAGGCUAAAAAGUCUGUUUAUUUCUACGUGUUUGAGCAUCGUCCUGAUUUUUCCAAACUUCCCGAGUUGACAGGUGCAUUUCACGGUGAUGACAUUGGCUUUGUAUUUGGAGCACCUUUCGCGAAAAUUUCACCUCUGGUAGACUCUUUCAUCCCCAGAUAUUCUGAUAUUGAGACGGGACUCAGCAGGUACAUCAUGAAGCUGUGGACAGACUUUGCUAAAUUCGGGUAAGAAGAUCACGCAGGCGUUUUGUCCUAACACUUUUCAGGCUUCAAAGGCGUCCCUAACCACUUUAACUUUUUGGUUGUCAGUUUGUUUGUUACAAUCAGUGAAGACAUUUAAGGUGUGUGUAGUGCAGGAACCGUUGAGACAAUGAACAAAAUCCCAUAGUGUAUGUGUCAAUGGAAUGAAACUUAUUUCCUUUUACACGAUCUCCGUUGACAGCACCAGCAGUUGUUUAUUUAAAGGUUUCAAACUAGUUGGAUACUCUUUUUCGGAGAAAGAUUCACCUUUUCGGUAUUCUGUAUUUCUUAUAAGGUAUUCUAUUAUCAUUGCAAUGCGGUUACACAUUUCACUUCCAAUUUGGAGCUAUCAUUUCCAGACAUGAUCGUCUGUUCCAAGCGUUCAGAUAGUGAAGUUUAGCACCAAGUCACCCUACCCCCCUUGCCGUUUUUGCUACUCACAUCUGUUUGCGCCAUCCCACCACCUGCAGGCCUUGAACAGGCCACGGACAUGGGAGACGACAACCUCUCUUGCCUGGCAAGGAAAGGAAGUCUCCUUGGCAAGCCCUAUAUGUAGAGGGGGUAAAUGUUCUUUGUUGAAAUGAUUACGUUACUUCUUAAAUGCAGAUUUGUAUAAUCUGCGCAUGAGCAUAAAUUUAGGCUAUUAUCAUAUCGUCAUUAAGUGAUUUUGCCUCGUUUUCAGGACUCCUAAUGGCCCCGAUUCUCCUGUCCAGUGGCCGGAGUUCACCAAAGAAAACCAGUCCUACCUGGCCCUUGACGUGAAGCCCGAGGAAAAGAAGAAGUAUAGGGCAAAAGAAGUGGCAUUUUGGAACAACUUCAUUCCCAGGGUUAUAAGAAAAUCUAAAAAGCUUUGCUCGGCAUUUUAA